AUGAACAGCUACCAGCACCUCGAGCUUCUUGGCCACGGAGGCUACGCCAGUGUUCAUCUCGUCCGACAGUCCAACUCGUGCGAUCUCUACGCUUUGAAACGCAUUCCGAAAUCCAAAGUCGUGACAGAGCAGCAGACAAAGCGCCUGGAAGCCGAAGAGCAUAUUAUACAGCACGUCAAAAGUCCAUUUUUGUGUCAAGGGUUCACGUCGUUCGAGACGGCUGAUGACGUAUCGAUUCUGCUCGAGUAUGUCGAAGGACGUGCGCUGUACGAGUGUGUGUGGCGAUACAGGGACGUGGGCAGGUUUCCAGAAAAGGUCACCAAGUUUUUUGCCGCGCAACUGGUUUUGGCACUGAGGGACCUGCAUGGUCAAGGGUAUAUCCACCGUGACCUGAAAAGCGGCAACGUUCUGGUAGCGAAAGAUGGCUUUGUCAAGGUGAUAGACUUCGGACUUGCGAGAAAAGUGCCCGACGGAAGUGGACGCACACGAUCGAUGUGCGGCACGCACUAUGUCAUGGCACCUGAGGUCAGAACCCGGCAGCCCUACGGAGUCGCUGUUGACUGGUGGAGUUUAGGCGUUGUGAUGUAUGAAAUGGCAACUGGUCGUCCACCCUGGGAGUAUCAAUGUCCAUACGGCAGUACCGUGGACGAGUACUUCGAUGGCAUAAGGCACACGGCCAAGGUCUUGUUCCAAGGUGCCAGCCAGAGCACUGAGAAGCUGGAACAGGGACUGAGCACUGAGUUGCGAUCGCUGAUAAGGAAUCUACUGACGAUUGAUCCUCAUGAACGCCUUGGCGUAGAUGGAGCAACAAAGGUCAUGAAUCAUGCAUGGUUUCAUGAUGUCAACUGGGAACUACUCGAGAUGAAAGACGAGUCCAUUGUGGUACCGUAUGAUGCCCAAGCCGACUACAAUGCCGCUCGCGUCCGCACACCUGCUGAAAGUCAAAGCCUGUCCAGUGCAGAAAGCAUCGACUCGGACGAUAACGCAAAGUACUUUGCCGAUUUCUGA